GCAGUGAUUGCAAGAAAGCAAACAAGACAACGUCCCACGAGGUACGGAUGUUACACAAGGCAAAGUGAGAGAGACUCCUAUUGGAUAUUUCACUUGGCGCUCUCCCCCUUCAUUUGCUUGGGUUCCGAGUUACGAGCCUAGUCCAUCUCUUCCUCGAUCAUCUCACCUGUCAUUAUGGCUGAUAAUCAAGUUGACGGCGUGAACACUGCAUCUGCUUCGGCCGCAAGUAAUGUGAUUCGCAAGAAGUUGCAAGGCUAUGUUGGUUUUGCCAAUUUACCAAAUCAGGUUCACCGAAAGUCUGUAAAGAAAGGUUUCCAGUUUACCACUAUGGUUGUAGGUGAAUCUGGUCUUGGUAAAUCAACACUUGUGAACACCUUGUUCAGCACCCAGUUAUAUCCCAACAAGGUCGUUGCUGAGCCUUCUCACGAAACACCAAAGACUGUCGAUAUCCAAUCCAUCACAGCUGAUAUUGAAGAGAACGGUGUCAGACUUAGACUUACUGUCGUCGAUACUCCUGGAUUCGGAGAUUUCGUUAACAACGAGGAAAGCUGGAAGCCUAUAUUGGAUAACAUUGAGUCACGAUUCGAUGCUUACUUGGAACAAGAGAACAGAGUCAACCGUACCAAGCUUGUUGACAACCGAAUUCACGCUUGUAUCUACUUCAUCGCCCCCACUGGACACGCUUUGAAGCCUCUUGAUGUCGAGUUCAUGCGCCGUCUCCACACCCGUGUCAACCUCAUCCCCGUCAUUGCUAAGUCAGAUACCAUGACAGAAGAAGAAGUUCACGCUUUCAAGGAACGUAUUCUUGAUGACAUUAACUUCCACAACAUCCAAAUUUUCCAAGCUCCCCAGUAUGAAUAUGACGAUGCUGAAACCAUUGCUGAAAACCGCGAGAUCAUGUCUAAGAUUCCAUUCGCUAUUGUUGGAUCUGACAAGGAAGUUGAAAUCGAAGGUGGCCGCAUGGUACGAGGACGCAAGUACCCUUGGGGUGUCAUUGAAGUUGACAAUGAGGACCACUGCGACUUUGUCAAACUCAGACAAAUGCUUAUUCGCACCCACAUGGAGGAACUCAAAGAAUAUACCAACAACUUCCUGUACGAGAACUAUCGUUCUGAGAAGCUUUCUGCUAUGGGUAUUCAGCAAGAUCCUACCGUCUUCAAGGAAGUCAACCCUGUUCAGAAGAUGGAAGAGGAACGAUUGGCACAUGAGACCAAGCUCUCCAAGAUGGAGGCUGAAAUGAAGAUGGUCUUCCAAGCCAAGGUUCAAGAGAAGGAAGCUAAGCUCAAGCAGAGCGAAGAAGAAUUGUACGCUCGUCACAAGGAAAUGAAGGAGGCACUAGAGAGACAACGUCAAGAGCUCGAAGAGAAGAAGAAGAGAUUGGAGAGCGGAAGACCUCUUACUCCAGAGAAGUCCAAGAAGAAGGGAUUCUCUUUCAACAAGUAAAAAUUUCAUUGGAAGACCAGGCUAUCAAAGCAUCAUGCUUAACCAAGUCCAGUUGACCCUUUACUACUGCUUUAAUUAAAUCCAUAUUAGCCCAACCAAUCAAUACAGCUAGUCUUUUUCUUUUUUACUUAUAA